AUGCCAUUGUACCUGAAUAGAGGCAACAUUCGGAACAGGAGGGAACUGAGAAAAUUGGCCAGGAUACAGAAAAAGGAAAAGAAACUCCUUUUCUCCAAAAGGAAAAAAAAUUCACGAGGAAGAAAUAUCCCCACAAUCAAUAACCCGGAUGAAUCGCUGGAAGUGAGGCCAACAAAACAGGACAAAGGAAAUAGCAAGAGAAAAAGAAAUUACAGCGAGGGCAACAAUUUAAACGCCCCACCCAAGAAACAGAAAAAAAUAUUGAAUAGCAAAAUCAAGUAUGAUAUUUCUGCUGAACAAGAAAAGGAUAAUCAGUUAUUAUCGUACUUGUCGAAGAAGUUAAAAAUUAACAACAAGGAUGAUGGGAAAAAUAAUGAGGAAAAAAUUUUUAAACAGUUGGAGAAGGAUGGCUUUGACUCGAAUUUGCUAAAAUUGACUGACAUAAUAUUUGGCGAAUUUCAGAAAAGUUAUAAAAAGAAAUGUAAAAAAAAGGGUAACAAUGCCCUACGGGAGGAGGAUGACACUGUGGGAAGAUCCUCUGAGGAAGAGAGGGUUCUAAGUGAAGAUCAAGAUGAUGCACCAAGCGAGGAAGACACAGAGAAAAAAGAGAAGAAAAAAGUGAAGAAAAAGAAGUUGUCAAAAAAGAAGACUCACACAGAGAUAUCGGAAAGCGGAGAAGAAGAAGACGCAGAAAACGCAGGGGGGGUGCAUCCCCCCAGGGGAAAGGUGAGCGAAAGGAAAAAAAAACCCAAAGCGGAAAAAAAGAAAAAGAAAAAGGCACUGAAUUAUCCAGAAGAAGCGAAAAAGAUAGAGAAAUUUCUCAUGGUUUCUCUGAACAAGACAUCCGAAUUUAAUAUAAAAUCCAUUAUUCAAGAUCUGUGCAAAUAUUUUCACGAUCUGGAUGACUUGAAACUAAAGGUUAUGUUUAAUGAUUCUAUCACGAAAAUAACACGCAACCAUUUUAACCAUGUAAAUGCUACCGAUAUUCACAUAUGCAUAUGCGUGGUGAUAAUUUGUGUGUUGAACAAUUUGGUAUACCAGAAUUUGCUGAAAGAUUUCUUAAAAGCCCUGACCAGAACUCUUAAACAACUCUGCGAGGACAAUCGUGAUUUGAUGAGAAAAGUAGAAAGAGAAAAUGAGCUCAGUGGUGUCGUGAACCGCAACCAUGACAACCUGCAUGAUAGCAACGAGAAUGGUAGUAAAAAUGGACAGAGUGCGCCGCCAACUGGUUCAAGUGAAGAAAACCAAUAUGGUAUCCCCGCACAGGGGAGUACAAACAAUGCGAAAAGUAAUCAUUUAGUUAGCCAAGAGGAACAGGAGAAAUACCAAAAUUUUAAAAUAAUUCUAAGAAACAUACUGAAGAGCUUUUGCCUUUUUUAUGCCCUCAGUUACCUCGAUUUCGACUGCAUAACUGAUAUCAUUAACUUGCUGUGUGAGGAUAUAAGCAUUAGCAGCGUGGACAAUAUAAUUAUCAUUUUGAAAAUUUGCGGAAUGAAGCUAAAAAGUGAAGAUGGUAGUCACUUGAAUUAUAUAACGGAGUAUUUAAAAAAACAGAUCGACAAUUAUAUUGUGCAGAAUGAUAUUUGCAUCGAAAAGAGCAAACUACGAUUUUUGAUCAAAGAUAUUGAUGAUUUAAAAAAUGGCACAAUGAAAUUUCACUUUUUAAAUAAAUUUGAAUUCCUCUUUAGCGUCUUAAAUGAGUUUGAAAAGAAAUAUAACUUCAAGGGGAGAAUGGUCUCUUUUUCAUUCUUAAAAUUUUUUAAAAGUGCCGAAUGUGCCAACACACAGGGAGGAAAAAAAGGCGCUAAAAGGAGGAAAAGCAGAGAAAACGAAGAAAUGGAAAAAAAUGAUAUUUAUACAAAUGGUGCACUAGUCGAGAGCGAAAAUAAGACAUGUAACAGGGACAAUGACCCUCUCGGCGAAGAAGAAACUAAAUUUGUGAAGAACAAAUUUUGUAAGCUAAAUUAUUUAAUGGCGGGGGAUGAAGAAGAAUAUUUUAACGAAUCCUACUUUGGUAAACUUUUAAAGAAAUAUAAAAUUCAGGGAAUUCUACCGAAAAAAAUUUUCUUAAUUAUAAAAAACAGUCUGGACGUAAAUGAGUGUGUGCACAACUUAUCCUUAAUUUUAAAGAAGAAGAAAAAUAUCCCUCAUGUCAUCCAAACAAUUAUUCAAACCCUGUUGUAUGAAAAAAAAUACAAAGUUGCCUAUGCAAAGAUGUUAAGAAAUAUUUCCAAUGUUAAAAGUAGAAUAUUUUUAUUCAGCUUAAAAACAGUUUUUAUAAAUUACUUGAAGAAUAUCAAUAAUUACGAUUUAAAGCAAGUCCUUUUUUUAAGCAAGUUAUUUACUUUUUUGUUUAAAGAGAAGUUGUUGAAUUUUCACAUUUUUAAAUUUAUCGAAAUGGAUCCACACGAAAUGGGAGGGAAAAAAAAACAGCAGCAUUGUAACCUUUUCUUUUUCUUGAAAACCGUUUUCAUUUUAAUUUCGCUACAUGACAAGUCCGAUGAUUUUACUAGCAACAGUGAAUUGUGGUGUCACAUAAUGCAGACCACGGAGAACGGGCAUUUGCCGAGUUCCACAAUUUCUGUUUUUAAAGGAAUUUUAAAGAAGUACAUAUUUGAUGAGGCAGAUAACAUCGUGCGCGUGUACCCCAACUUUAAGAUAAGGUAUGCUGAGAAGUUUUUCGCCUUUCUGGGGGUGAAAAAGGAGUAA